AUGACGCCAUCACAAUUCGAUCUCUUAAUCCGAAGACUGAUUGCAGUCAAGACCCCAAAAGUGGUCAUUCUCCUCAUCCUCCUCAUCUCGUGGCUGGAUGUUGAGAAACAUGAACGUGAAUUUCAGGUAGUGGAAUUCUACGCUGGGGUGGGGAGGGUGGCGUCCCUUGCGAAAUGGGUUGGCUACAAAACAGCGGCCAUUGAUGUUCUAUACGGUGAAAACCGUGCUAAACCUGGAGGGCGGAAGCCCAUGGACAUCAAUGGCAGUGCAGGCUUUGUGCUAUGUGUACUCCUCCUAUUGAAUGGAGAAUGGGAAGCCAUGGUGUGUACCUUUGCCAUUGUGUGUUCAUCCUGGGUACCGGUGAACCGCCAUAGCACACACCGAUCCUUGCUGACUCCUUUGGGGAACGAGAACUUCACAGGUGUUCGACGUGCCAACAAGAUGACAUCCAGGACCGUGAUCUUGAUCCUGAUCGUUGUGCUUUCCGGAGGCACGUAUCUCAUGGAGAAUCCGGCGCUAUCUUUGAUAGCCCUGCAUCCAAGAUACAUUUGGGUGGUGGACCGUCUUGCGGAGUUUGGGAUCUUGACCCACAAAGUUAGCUUCUGGAUGCGGAAGUAUCUUUCAAUGUCAUGGAAGAGAACAUGGGUUUGGGGCAACACGAGACGCAUUGCUGGCUUGGAUCUGGGACCUAUGACAGACCAAGAGAGGGAGGACUCUGAGCCAACCACGACCACAUAUAUAGAUGCUGCUGGCAAGAAAAGGUUUAAGGGAAAUCCAAAUUUGAAGCGUUCUCAGCAAUACACCUUUCGUUUUGCAUCCACCCUUGUAUCAAUGGUACCCAAGCUUCGUGAAGACAGCAUUGGUCGCAAGAUGCCUGUCGAGGUGGCUGAAGGCUCAUUGGUCGAGCUGUUUAACCGGCUACCAUGGGAUGAGGAGGGUGCUGCGUGGGAGUUAGAAGCUGAUCUGAAGGAACUCAUCAUAUAUGUUCGAGGGAGCAAGAAGCUUCGAAUCCCUUCCGAGUGGCGUUGUGCCAUUCCUACAGCCAUUUAGUAGCUAUUUUCAAACAGUGCGGC